UCAACCUAACCAUCUUGGGUUGGAUUCUCUACCAGCCCGGCUCUUAUAUUUUUGGUCCUUCCAGGGCGAAGCAGUUAUAUUCUUGGGGAAGAAGGAAAGGCUGCCCUUAGAAGGAACUCAUAGCAGCGAGACGGCUUGGGCCGCUUUUGUUUUUACUGACCUGCACCGAACAAAUUUGACUUCCGGAGUCAGUCAUUUUGGUGUCAAGAAAUUUCUUCGGCAUUCUACAAUGGUUCCCAAAGUGGCUGGGAUGCGUUAGAGACUGAAGGGGACGCAGAGCGCUGUCAGGUGCCUUCGCUUCUUGGAGCAGAAGCCAACAGAGAGCUGUUUGACAACGUCUCAUUCACACACCAGUUGAAGACUAGCCCUUGGAGGUUUUCAAAGUAGAUCGUGCGUCUUCCUCAGAUGGAUGGGGAGAAGUAACAUUCUGCAAGUUGCUGUCAGAGGUCCUGAGAACACAAACGCAUCUGGUUUUUAUCCCCCUUGUUGAAUGGCCUUUGCUCCAGCAGCCCACUGAGGGCUCUUUUCCUCGGGAUUCUGAAGUCUUAAAUAACUAAGGAUGCAGGCUGGGAAGAUGCUGAGUUCCAUCAAGUGUGUGCUGGUAGGAGACUCUGCCGUGGGGAAGACCUCUCUGUUGGUGCGCUUCACCUCAGAGACCUUCCCGGAGGCCUACAAGCCCACAGUGUAUGAGAACACGGGUGUGGACGUCUUCAUGGAUGGCAUACAGAUCAGCCUGGGUCUCUGGGACACAGCUGGCAACGAUGCCUUCAGAAGCAUCCGCCCGCUAUCCUACCAGCAGGCAGAUGUGGUGCUAAUGUGCUACUCCGUGGCCAACCAUAACUCUUUCCUGAACCUGAAGAACAAGUGGAUUGGUGAAAUCAGGAGCAACUUGCCCUGUACCCCCGUGCUAGUGGUGGCCACCCAGACUGACCAGCGGGAGGUGGGGCCCCACAGGGCGUCCUGCAUCAAUGCCAUAGAAGGGAAGAGACUGGCCCAGGAUGUGAGAGCAAAGGGCUACCUGGAGUGCUCAGCCCUUAGCAACCGGGGGGUACAGCAGGUAUUUGAGUGUGCCGUCCGAACUGCCGUCAACCAAGCCAGGAGACGCAACAGAAGGAGGUUCUUCUCCAUUAAUGAGUGCAAGAUCUUCUGAACCCCAAGAGACUUCACCCAACACUCAUUUACUCACCCUAAAGGCUAACGGGGACGGGGAGAGCAGAGAAGUCAGCAAGGGUUGAUGCUCUUUCUGGGUGCGUCCCCAGCAGCGUUUUCGUUUGGAUACAGUUGCUGCUGGGCCUCGGCCAUUGGAUGUUUUUCCUAAGUACGCUCUACAGAUGAACUCUUUGCCCGGUUCAAUUGGAAGAUCCCCUGGGAAGCUAGAAUGCAUAUUCCUUGUUUGAUUAAAAAACUAAAAUGGUCUGCAUAAUUUUGGACAAUGAAGUGAGUUUUCCAAAGAAUUCCAUAUUUAAAGACAUGUUUUAUUUAAAUAAUAACAAAAUGUUUAGCUCUGGUAUAUAAUUAGUUUUCACACUUGGAAAGUCUUUUGCUCCAUACUUACAAACAAACUUCUGUAUGUGUGAAAUAAUCUUCUGGGGCUCUGCCAUGUGUUUGUAGUGUUAUUUUCACCCGAAGUAAUAAUUUUGCUGAAGCCACUUGCCUGCUAGAUUUUACUAGAUAAUCAAAUUUUUUUUAAAUGACCAUAAAUUGAUCCUUGCAAUUAAUUUUCCACCCAGAUGUUAUUCAGAGUUGUGUAUAAAAUGCAGUUCAAUAACGUAAGAUCCUCUACUACUGCGUAAUGAUUUUAAACAGUUGUCACUAUAUUUCUCCAUAAUUAUAAAGAAAGAAGUGUUUCUUAUUUACGAUAUUACCUUUCACUCAAAGAACUCCCAUUAUGCACUAAAUAUUUCUCUCUCACUCACCAAAAAGGAAGAACCUUUCAGGUAGAGAAUCAGACUGUUCUAAGUAAUGGCAGCAGAACUUGGACCAGCAGAGAGGGCGUCUCACUUUCAUUCAGAAACGCGUGCACUUACCCUGCUUCUUCCGACACUGUGGCUCCCAUUUGGUUGUGGGUCUUGUGAAAGAGAGCGGGCUCAAAGUUCUGUAUGAGGGGAAUUUGGCGAAUUUGUUACUUGAGCUCUAAACUGAGUUGGGAUGGGAAGAUAAUUUUAGGAUCUAAUCAGAAUAAUUGAGAAGGUGUCUAGAUAUGUAUGUGUAUGGGGAAAAAGGAAUUUAUAGCUUUUACUAUUUCAUGACUAUGAAGUAACUGAGUCAAAAAGAAAUCACAAAUUCUACGCACAGAGAACAGGCGAAAUGUACAGCAAUUGCUUAGGGGAUAAAAAGUUAUCAGGGAAAUACUGAAUAAAUAGGGACACCCUCCCAUUCUGAUAGCUUAAAGGCUUGUCCUCGCCUCUGUGUCACCCGUGUCCCUUGACUUGAGAGUUCUGUAUUCAGCUCUCUGCAUUUGGUCUCCAGAGGGUUGAAGGGCCUGAAACCUGACCAAGCAGGGAGGUGAUGGGAGCUCAUAUUCUCUGAUAUCCCUGUUGAUCCUUGCCCUCUUUUCCAACAAGCAGAUUUUCCUUCAGGCCAGGCUUUGGUGGUGGUGGUGGGGAUAUUUAACAUUGUAGUAGGAAUAAAUUUCUCUUCACUAAAAUUGGCUGUCCCCGAAGCUUUUCUUUCUUACUUGUUGAAGGGAGAUGGGGGUGGGGGUGUGUCUGAAAAUGGGAAGGGCCCGUUACCUGACUUUAGGUGAGGGAAGAGGAGGUGAUUCCAUGGCAGAAGGGGAGGAGAAAGCCUAGGCCAGAGAGGGCACAGUCAAAUGGCUUUCCUUCACCUGGGCAGACACACAGAUGAGCCUGUUGGCAGGAGGCAAGCUUAAAGCUUCCCCUGGAAACUCUCACAUCUGAGAACAGGAAUCCACACGUAAACCCUCCCCUGUGAUGGGAUCUGGCAGAAACUGAGGCCAAUAGAUGUUUGUCUCCCCUACUAGAUUAUGAGUUCUUGAAGGCAGAGUGACCUCCUGAGCGUCUCAGUGUCCUCAGGGCCCAGCGCAGGGAAGGAACCAGACCUAAACAAAGCUAAACAAAGUUGUGUUGAAUUGAAUCAGAGAGAGGAGAGGAAUGGGGCUGCUGUGCCGCAAAGUGGGUAGGAAGGAAGCCAACCCCCGUCAGCCUUGCAGGGGUAAGAAGUGAAAAUACGUCAUUUUGUUGGAAUCCAUGCAAUGUAUGUUCUACAUGAGUAUAUAUUUAUUUUUGCCUUUCUAGACUCAGGCGUAUGCUUCCUCCACUUCAAAACUCACAGUACCUUUUUGUAGACUAUUGUAUGUCGAUUGUUAACUGU